UCGCACCCCACGCCAAGCCCAGCAUGGCAGAACAAUCCGUGCUUUGCAUCGGGAAGCGUUGCUACUGCCAGUUGCAUUUCGUUUUUACUUUUUUACUCUUAUUUUGCUCUUUGCUCCGUAUACUUGGCAUGUCAAUUCAUAUGGAAAUUCAACGACACCGCCAAUAAAUAAACCCUAUACCACACCCCCACUAUGUUUACAGCUUCUAACAACACCCUGACAGCAACCACAACAACCACCACCACGACAACUGCAUCAUCAUCAGCAACAACAGCAUUGACAUUGGCAUCGACUAACAGCAACAGCAGCAGCAACAACGGCGCCAUACCACCCAAACAUUGCACACCCUAUACCACAUUCCGCCAACGCUCAGCGCACUAUUUGUCCAAGCUUUUCUCCGCCGUCGAAAAGCCAAACUCCAAGCUCAAGCGGCCAGACCGGCCCCUUGAUCAGCGAAGGUUUCCUGAAUUUCGCUACUUUAUCCGCACACUGUUAAUAAACGGGCGCAUUUCCGCUGACACCCUGGUCCAUGCACUCAUAUAUCUCAGCCGUUUCCACCAGCGCGUCUCCAGCAAACAAUCCGUAGUGGAGGAGGGCGCCAAGCACAAGCUGUUCUUGGCCGCACUCCUCGUGGCCAGCAAGUUCUGCGACGACCGGUACAAACUUAUCGUGGACCGCGACGAACUGGCAUUACUUUUGAGCAAGCAUGGUAUUGACAUUAGGCAAAUUGCCAAGACGAUUGCACAGAGACUCGGCAUUGAUAUGAGCAAGCAUGGGGUGGUGGUAGCACAGAGUGCGCCCGUACCUUUGGGGUUUUCGACCAACGGUAUUCCCCAAAGAGCCAUCGGGAGUCUCAGCAUGGUUGGUUCCGCGGUGGUGAUGGUCCCGCCGCUAUCGAUGCCGCCCGCUUCGGUGGUUAUGACGGGGUCUGCUCGGCUGACUGGCGCUAUGCCCGGUGGACCCGUGGUUCUUCACAAUGCAUAUUUGGAGUCCUCGACUGCCAAAAGAUCGCAGCGCAUCUCGAAGCCAUUACCAGUACCAUUUGUCGACAUCACGAGGAGACAGCGAGAAGCGAUGGAUUCAGAAAAGAGGGUCUAAGCACUCGGUGCUGCUGCACUUUAAACGACGAAAAGAAACCAUAGUUGAAUGGCGGGUCCCUUAUCACAAUCAUUUUGAUUGUUUUUUCUUGGCCAGGGAGUAGUUUUGACUUUUUUUUAAAAAUAUUUUU